CCUAUGAACCUCUCAUCAGAGAUGGACUGUGGCUCUAGCAGGAUGUCGAUUUCUUGGGCAGACAGUGACGGCGCAGACUCGUACUUAGCCACAGUGGUGGACAGUUAUGGUCAAAUCACCAGCUGUCAGGCCACUACAGAGGGGCAGUGCAGUGUGGGGGCCCUCGGCUGUGGACUCAUCUACCAUGUGUCUCUAGUGGCCUCAGACGGGCACUGCGAAAGCCAGUCCACAGAUGCAGUCGACACACCAUCAGUCCCAUGUGCACCUGAACACAUAAAGGCCAUGUUUGACUGCCAGCUGAAUACGGCUCUGGUGACCUGGUACCCGAGCCAUGGGGCGGUUCUGUACAUUGUCACGGCGACUGCAGCAUCCGGGGACAUCUCCAGCUGUCAGACUGACUCCACCACCCACUGUGAGCUGGACGAACUAGAGUGUGGGGACAGCUACUCCAUCCAAGUGUUAGCCGUGGGAGAAACAUGCAACACCACUGGCCAUAUGAGCGGAGAAAUGGAGACCGGUCCGUGUCCCCCGGAGAUCCUGAGCACAGAAUACAGCGUAACCAUCGGACAGGUGGUGUGGGCUCAUACUCUUGGAGCAGAGUAUUACACAGUGGAGGCAGUGACAGACCGGGGCCUAGUCUCUCAAUGCCAAACCAAUGACACGUACUGCCCCCUUCACAUGGAGUGUAGUCAGACUUACACUGUCACUUUAACAGCAAACAACGAUGAUACAUGCAGCUCAGGCGUCCCCUCCAACGAAACAGCAUCCAUCAUAACAGAGCCUUGCCCACCUCAGAACUUUCAGACCAGCGUUCGGUGUGAGAUUAACUCGGCGACAGCGUCUUGGGAGCCCAGUGUGGGCGCUGUGUCGUAUAAGACCACGCUGUCUGGACGUAAUGGUAAAACGCUGUGGUGCCAAACAGACAACACAUUCUGUGAAUUGCCCGGACUGGAGUGCGGAGUCAUCUAUUACGCAAACGUCGUCGCCAUGGGAGACACGUUAAACAGUACUGAAUCUGGAACGGUACAACUCGAAGCAGCUCCUUGCCCAGUUGAAAAUGUGCUAGUAGACGGGGACUGGUACAACAGCAGCGCUGUGCUAAGUUGGAGCCCGGCCUCUGGAGCUGUUUCCUAUAAAAUGAUCGCUACGGCAACAAGCGGUCACCAGGUGUCAUGUGAGUCGACCAGCUCCGAGUGUGAGCUGGAGGAGCUGGAGGAUGGACAGACCUACACCAUCAAAGCCGUGUCAAUCAACGACAAGUGCUCUGUGGAGACCGAUACUGGGGUCAUCUUCAAGACACGACCUUCUAAACCACAGGGUGUUGGUGCAGACUUCCUGUGCGAUAAAGACAUGGCUAUGGUGUUCUGGAAGGAUGAGGAUGGAGUGGACAUGUACAAAAUUACUGUAGUAUCCAGCUCAGGGGUCACUAGCGAAUAUAACUCUACAAAAUCACCCUACAUGUUCGAUGACUUUGACUGUGGAGAAACCUAUAACUUUAGCGUGAAAGCUUGUAACAGCAUGUCCUGCAGUAAACCCAGUAAAACCGUGCAUAUGGAAACAGGUCCCUGCCAGCCGACCAAUCUGACUGUAUCCAGCUCAUGUAAUAAGGACACAGUGGUGCUGAGCUGGUCUGACGUAGCCCUAGCAUUGUGGUAUGAGGUGGACGUAACAGGAGUCCUUGGAUCAUACGGCGGCGCAUCUUUAAAGACAAACUCCACCACAGUGGAGAUAAACCUGCCGUGUGGACUGCACUACACUUUCACCGUACAAGCCCUGGGCCAAGCCUGUGUCAGUCCUGUCAGUAAACCAGUGCACCAUAAUGGCAGUCCAUGUGUUCCUUGGAAUGUGCAGAGUUACACCAGCUGUGAGGACUCUAUUGGCACUGUGAGCUGGGCCCCUACUGACGGAGCGGAGUAUUACAUCGCCUUUGCAGUGGGACUGGACGGCCACUCUGGCGUCUGCACCACAAAUAAAACUUCCUGUAUCUGGAACGACCUGCAAUGUGGAGAUCUCUACACAGUCUUUGUCACAGCCCAUAAUGAUGCUUGUGAUAGCAUGCAGAGCAAUAGCACCACUAUAAGAAUGGCAUCUUGCAUACCACAGAAUCUCUCAGUUGAUUUCAAUUGCUCCAUGAAGGUGGGCCAUCUCUCUUGGGAUGCCGUCGACACUGCAGACUUCUACAUUGCCACAGCAGAGACCAACAGUGGGCACAAAAUCCAGCAGACGACCAAUGACACAUGGGUCUACUUCUCUGAGUUCUUAUGUGGAGAGGAGUACUUCCUGUCUGUCCAGUCUGUUGACGCACACUGCACCAGCAAACCCAGCCCUGCUGCCAAGCUGCAGUCAGAGCCCUGUCCUCCCACUGGUGUGAGCAGCUUCAUGAACUGUGUGGCGAAUAUCGCAGUGGUCUCCUGGAACAGAUCGGCCGGAGCAGACUACUACACGGCCACAGUGAUGUCAGAGGAGGGCACGUCCCACUCCUGCUGGUCUGAUAAUGACCAGUGUGGCAUCCCAAACCUGCGCUGCGGACAGGACUACUCAGUCAGUGUGGUGGCCUCCAACAAAGCCUGUAACUCGGACCCCAGCAAGGAGAGCAAGCUCACAUCAGUGCCGUGCGUUCCUACCAAUGUGAAAGUGUUAGUGGAUUGCAGCAACAACCAGGCGACAGUGUCCUGGGAUGCCAGCGAGGGGGCGCUGUCGUACACAGUGACAGCUGAAGGCGGGAGUGGCAUCUCCUCUUCCUGUGAGACGAGUGCGUUGUCGUGCGUUCUCGCUGAUCUGCAGUGUGGACAGGAAUAUAGCGUCCAAGUGGUGUCCAAAGAUGACAUCUGCUCCAGUCUGCCCAGCCCGGCCACUCUCUUUGACUCAGUUCCUUGCGUCCCGGACAUGGGCUCUGUGGUGAUGGACUGUGUCGCCGACAGUUUCAUAGCCGACUGGAUGUUCUCGGAGGGAGCGGUGAAGUACACAGCCACUGCUCUGUCAGACAACGGAGGGCAGUCCACGUGCAGCUCCAAUAACACAAACUGUGAGCUCAGCGGCCUGCAGUGUGGUCAAACAUACUCCGUGAGCGUCCAGGCUGAGAAUGCCGUCUGCAGUAGCGCCUCCAGUAACGCUGUGCAGGCCACGUCAGCCCCUUGUCCUGCUCAGGGUGUGGCCUCCUCUCUCAACUGCUCCACAAACUCCAUCCAUGUGCAGUGGCAGCAGGUCUCAGGUCUGGAGUACCUUGUGGCCGCGUUGGGGGUGGAGGAGGACACAGCCUAUUGCUCCUCCUCCUCUGACUCCUGUGUCCUGAAGGGUCUGGAGUGCGGCUUCAUCUACAACAUCAGUGUCAUAGCUUCCAAUUUUGUCUGCAAUACGUCCAGCUCUGUCAUCCAGCAGCACUCAGUUCCCUGUAUCCCACAAAACGUCCGCACUAAGUUUGACUGUGAGGACAAAGACGUGCAGGUGACGUGGCAGACCACUAAGGGCGCCCACGGCUACAGGACUGUGGCUCAGAGUUUGGGUGGAUUUCCUGAGGCCUGCCUCACCAAUGACACUUGGUGCACCUUCAGUCAGCUCGCCUGUGACAUGAACUACACCUUUACUGUGGUGGCCUUAGACGAUGAGUGCAGCAGCUACGCCAGUGACCCAGUGGAGAUAUACACAGGUCCGUGUGAGCCUCAGAGGGUCAUGGCAGACAUGUUUUGUCAUAAUAACACUGCGAUGGUGUCCUGGGAGGGAGAAGGAGUGACCUCAUACUCUGUGCAUGGCUACGGCCCUGAUGGUCACGCCGUCUCAUGCAACACUGAGGGAACCAGCUGCCAAUUACCCGACAUGCACUGCGGCCAGACGUACAACUUGACAGUCACAGCCAAUGACGGCCGCUGCAAUAACAGUCAGACUCAUGUCAGUCUAAAAUCAGUCCCGUGCAGUCCUACAAACGUAGGUGUCUCUCUACAGUGCUACAGUCACAUUGCAGCGGUCACAUGGGAGCCGGCCAGUGGAGCCAUCUCCUACAAGGCCUUGGCAGUGUCCGCAGACGGCAGCCACACUUCAGUCUGCACCAACAACGAGACACACUGCGACCUGAGCGACCUGCAGUGUGGUACCGUCUACAGCGUGACGGUGGUCGGCGUGGACAGCUCCUGCUCCAGUGUGGAGAGUGCAGCUGCAACGGUGCAAACAGCCCCCUGUCCUCCUCAGGAUGUCGUGAUUACUGAGCAGUGCGCAAAUGGCUCCAUGACAGUGUCCUGGUCUGCUCUCCCUGGAGCGCAGUACUUCCUUGUGAACGGGAUCAGCGACAGUAGCAGUGUGCUGGACUGUAACACCACCUCCACCUCAUGCUCGUUCAGCAGUCUGCCCUGUGGAAUAAAAUAUAAUUUCAUUGUGCUUGCCAUCAGGGGAGCUUGCCCCAGUCGUCCCAGUUCACCAGUGCUUACCAGCUCAGCCCCAUGCGUACCCACAGACAUUAACGGAAACCUGGACUGUGUUACAAAUGCCGCCUGGAUCAGCUGGACUAACUCAAAGGGAGCGAGCAGUUAUUUUGUCUUCGCUAGUGCCAAGGGAAAAGCACAUAACGCCUCCUGCACUUCAGACUCUUCCCAGUGCAACCUACCAGACCUGAUAUGUGGGACUCUGUAUGACAUCCAGGUCACCGCAGAGAACGAACACUGCUCCAGCACCCCCUCCGCCAACUUCGAACUUGAGACAGCUGCUUGCGCCCUGACCUCCAUAAACGCGUCUACUAAGUGUGACAGCAGCGUGAUCACGGUGCAAUGGGAGAUGUCUGAGAACAUGCCCGUGUACGUGGCCACAGCCGAAGGUCACGACUUCAGCCUGAUCAUGUGUAACAGCACCAAGAGCUCCUGUCAGCUCACUAGUGCCACCUGCGGGAUGCACUACACCAUCAUCGUCUCCACCUCCUCCAUCAAGUGCAGCACCCUCAGGAGCCCGCCGCACAAGAUCGACACAGCUCCUUGCGCUCCUCAGAACGUGACAGCGGUCCAGUCCUGCAGUAACAAUGGAGUGAUUGUGUCUUAUGACCUUUCCCGGGUGGCCAGUCAUUACAAAGUGGAGGUGACAGGACCCGGCUUCAAUAAAACCUGUGAAAGCACUUCUGACAGCUGCACCCUGGACGGCCUGCCAUGCGGAGAGGAGUUUAAGGUGGUGGUGUACGCCCUCACGCAGAACUGCACCAGCCCAGGGACCACCAUAACCUACUCAUCUGGCCCGUGCCCUCCCUCUGGCCUCACUGUGUCGUACGACUGCGCCGGCCUGUCUGCCACGUUGGCCUGGGACAACAGUGAGGGCACAGAGCAGUACUAUGCCAGUGCUCAGACUGACGAAUACACUCCACUUUACUGCACCAGCACAGGCCUGUCCUGCACCAUCGAAGGCCUGCUCUGCGGCUACAACUACUCCUUUGGUGUGGAGGCCUCCAACAAUGUGUGCAACAGCUCCUCUGCACAACCAGUGGAAGCGGGAGCAGUCCCUUGCAGUCCGACCAAUAUCCGGGUUCGCAUGCAGUUGAUAGAAGGUCUCUUCUGGGCCAUGAUCUCCUGGGACCGCGUGACCUGUCCCGACGUGGAGUACCAGAUGGUCCUCGCAGGUCACAUUAACGACAACCCUAAAACCCAAAUGCACAUCUCCUCGUACUGGCUAGAGCGGCCAUACUAUGAGACGCCUCUGCCCACCAGCUCCAACUACAAGAUCAAUGUGUACGCGAGAAACAAGGCCGGAGUCAGCAGGCCAAGCUUCACCGAGACCGGGGUCACGGUGCCCUCCCCUCCUCAGAACGCGGUCUACAAUAAAGCCACUUCAGAGCUGACCUGGGACGCUUCCAUCUUGGCUAACCACUACAGAGUGUACACGGUGACAGGGAAUGUGGAGACAGUGUUGUGUGAGACCUCCCAUCUCUCCUGCACCGCCAUAGCAGUCGACGUCUCUUCUCUCAGAGUCAAAGCCACGAACUCAGCUGGGAGCAGCCUGCCCAGUGUCCCUACAGCUGUUGACGCUCGCAAGAGAAGAGACCUGAUAGGAGCUGAGAUGGCCUUGGAUAACACUCUACUGCCCCCCUCUGGUGUGAGCGUGAAGGUGGCCGGCACCUCUCUGACAGUGAAGUGGAGAACGGUGAUCGAUGCAGCCGAGUAUGUGGUAGUCAUCGAUAAGAAGAUCGAAAACUCUCAAUCUUUGAUCAAAACUACAGCAAAAACAAACCUCAUUGUCACCGGCCUCCAGCCCAAUACCGAAUACUGCCUCAAGGUGGCAGCAAAGAACAUUUCACAGCAGAGCCCUUACUCUCCAAUCCAGUGCAUAUCAACCAAAAAAAGAAAUGGGACUGAAGUCUAGUAACAAUAAUAAGACCUAACUUGGAAGCUAAAAGGGAAAUAUUGUAUAAAAUGAAUCUAUGAACAGUGAUCUGUGUGGGAAUAUGUCAAAUUAUUAUCAAAUGUGAGUAGUUUGAAAAUCUUUAGCCUUAGAAAAUCAAAAGAAGAGAUUAUAGGUUGAAAUUAAUGCAGCAUGCCACUUUUUAGUGCUUUCACAAAGUAUUUCUGAAAUUAUAUUUAUCAAAUUAUUAUAUUUUUGACUCUAGGCUUCAAGAUCUUCUGCUGAUUGUGCAAGUAGGUAAUUUAUCGAGUGAUAUUUUAAACCAUGCAGUAUGUUGUGUUUGUGACAUAUGUGAUUAUCUUUUUGUGAGAGCUUUAACCAGAUCUUUUGUAACAAUUUCACAAAUUUAUUCACUAAUUAAAACAGCUGUGAAACU